AUGGCAGCAAAAGCAGUGCGCCGGCUUCUCUCCGAGUAUCGGGAACUCAUUAACAAUGAAACCGAAGGCAUCUAUGCUGGUCCCGUCUCGGAAGACAAUUUCAUGCUCUGGGAGUGCUUGAUCGCCGGCCCACCCGACACUCCCUUCGAAGGUGGAAUGUUCAGUGCCACCCUCAAGUUUCCGGAUGACUACCCUCUAUCUCCACCGGAACUAAAAUUCACCUGCGAGAUCCUCCACCCGAACGUUUACCCGGACGGCACGGUCUGCAUAUCCAUCUUACACCCUCCAGGCGAUGAUCCGAAUAUGUACGAGUCCGCUAGUGAGCGGUGGUCGCCCAUACAGUCGGUAGAAAAGGUCCUGUUGAGCGUGAUGAGCAUGUUGGCAGAACCGAACGACGAAAGCGGUGCCAACGUCGACGCGAGCAAAAUGUUUCGAGAGGAUAGAGCACAGUAUGAAAAUAUCGUACGGCGGUGUGCCAGAAAAACCGUAGGAUUAUAG